AUGGUAUGCUAUCAUUUAACACAAGAAAUUCUUGAAAAAUACAUGUGCAAUUUAAUGAAAGUAGUGGAAACUAAUAGCGCAUUAUUUCCAACAUUCAGUGAUGAUGAUCUGAUAACGAUUUUGCACAAUGUACAAGAUAUAUAUGCUGAUGAACCAAUAAUGCUGCAAUUUGAUUUGCCUAAAAAUGGAUUAAUUGUUGUUGGUGAUUUGCAUGGUGAUUUAUAUUGCUUAUUAAAUAUAUUACUCAAAAAUGGCUUUCCACCAAAUACAAAAUAUUUAUUUUUAGGUGAUUAUGUUGAUCGUGGAUUAUAUCAGGUACAAUUAAUAUUAUUUAUAUUUUUGAUGAAAUUGCGAUGGCCAAAUUACAUUACAACACUGAAAGGCAAUCAUGAAGAUUAUCAGUGUGGUAAAGAAUGUGAUUUCUAUAACGAGUGCUUAAGUAUGUUUAAACGAGGCUCUCGAUGGUUCACACAAAUUAAUCAUGUUUUCGAUCAUAUGCCUGUUUGUGCAAUUAUUUCAAAUCAUUUCUUCGUUUGCCAUGGUGGAAUAUCUCAGUGGAUGACAUGUCGAAGUAAUGUGGGAAAUAUCCCGAAACCAACUUAUACCAGUAAUAUGCAUUUUGUUGAAGGUGUCAUUCUUGCUGAUCUUCUCUGGGCUGAUCCUAAACUUGAACAACAAAAAUGGUUCGAUUUAAGUCGACGAAAUUGUGGUUAUUCAUUUAAUCGUGAUGCUUUAAAUAUUGUUCUUCGUGCGCUAAAAGUUAAAACUUUAAUUCGUGGUCAUGAAUAUUAUCCUGGUGGUACUACUCGAAAUUUUGGCGAUGAUACGUGUUAUACAGUGCAUAGCACUACUGAUCAUCAAGAAUUGUACGAUCCAUUUUGUGGAACAUUGAAAUUGGAAAAAAAAGCCAAUAAAUUUGAAAUAAUUGAAAAGAAUGAAUUAAUACCUCGCAAUGCAGAAGCGAAUCAAUUAGCUCAUAAAAUGCAAAUCGAACUGCAGCAUUCAUUCUUUCCAACAGUUAUUACAUAUGAUCGUAGACGUUGUCAUUGGUGUGAGCGACCGUAUCCACUUUACGUGACACGUCGUAAACGUUGCUUUGCAUACGGUGAUAUAUUGGAUUAUAUGAUGAAAAAUGGAAAACUAGUAUUGUUCACUGAUAAAUUAAUCAUGAAAUUAUCUUGGAGAGGAACAUUCUGGCGGAGUAUUUCAGCAAUGAAACGAGCAAUCGAUUUAUUCCCUUUAACACAUGAUAUCAUCUUUGGACGACCUUCAGAUGAUGAUAUUCCAAGAAGUUUCCGUGUUUGUUUACUAGAGGAAGAAUUUGAACUAAUGAAAAAGAUAUAUAAAGUAAGUGGAAAAGACAUUGACACUCUAACAAAGCCAAAUUUUCGGAAUAUUUCUGACGUUGAGAAAGAGCUUCAAAUGCCUGUGUCACGAUUUCAAAAACUCAAAAAGCGAUUCAAACUUGCAAUGGGAUUAGAGCCACACGAUUUGGACCUAGAAGAUAUGAUGACAAAGCCUACUGCUUUACCGUCACUUUCAUUUGACACGGUUGGCAAUGCUGAUCAAACGGCGAGGCGUAUGCUUAAUACUGCAACAGAUGAAGGAAGUAAUGAAGACGAUGAGGUUCAGGAGGAACCGGAUGAAUUUGCCGGAUCAACGCCAUCCAAUCAUUCCAGCCUCUUUUAUCAACGUACACGACGAUCACCACUUGCUGACACUUCGAAAAGUUUAAAUUCCAUUCGUACUCAUAACCGCUCCAAAAAUCAAUGA